UUCGCCGAUCGCUGGGAUUUCAGUUCACAUUCCGACGAGCUCGGAGAAGUCCAAUUGCGAAUCAAGCGGACCAGGAGACGCCCAUCGACAAUUUAUGUGACGACCAUGGCUGUCAUCAUCAGCUGCCUAUUACUUCUGCUGGCCUCAGUGUCGCAGGCCAAAACCCUGGGCUACGAUGCCUCCGCCGAUCGCAACCUGCUGGCAGUGGAUCUUUACAAUGCCGUGGGCGCCGACCGGCUGAACGAGAACGUGGUCAUCUCGCCGGCCACCAUCCAGAGCUCCAUGGCGCUGGCCUUCGUGGGGGCCAAGGGUCAGACGGCCUCGGAGCUCCAGCAGGGAAUGCGCCUAGGACCUGGGGACGCGGACGCGGUGAGCCAGAGGAGCGGCAGCUUCCAGCAGUCGCUGGUGCGGGACAACAACUUCCGGCUGGCCAACCUGAUCUACAUCAACGAGAACCUGGAGUUCAAGGGCUCCUUCCGCGACGUCGCCCAGCGGCAGUUCGACUCGAACAUCGACAAGCUGGACUUCCACCCGCCGUACAACAAGCGCACCGCAGACGGCAUCAACCGGGCGGUGGCCACCAAGACCAACGGCAAGAUCACGGACAUCCUCCGCGCAGAACUGCUCAACGAUCGCACCGAGGGCGUGAUCGUGAACGGGGUCUCCUACUCCGCCGCCUGGCAGAAGGCCUUCCGGCUGGACAAGACCGAGAAGCGCUCCUUCCGCACCGCCAGCGGGCAGUCCGUCAAGGUGGACACCAUGUGGACCCUGCAGAACUUCAACUACGCCGAGGUGAACUCCCUGGACGCCAAGGUGGUGGAGCUGCCCUACCAGAACCAGGACUUCUCCAUGCUGCUGCUCCUCCCCAACCGCAAGGACGGCCUGCGAUCCCUGCAGCAGUCCCUCUCCGGCAAGAACCUGCUGGCCGAGAUCGGAGCCUUGAGCCAGCACAAGGUGGAGGUGCUCCUGCCCAAGUUCAGCGUCACCUCCACCGUGAGCCUGGAGGGACCCUUCAAAAAGCUCGGUGUCCACACCAUGUUCUCGAGGGAUGGCGACUUUGGCAACAUGUAUCGCAUGUUUGUUAGCCAUUUCAUAAAUGCAGUGGAGCACAAGGCCAAUGUGGAAGUCACCGAAGCGGGUCUGGAGCAACCCCUGGAAACUGGACUGCUCAAGGGACUCUUCUCGCGAUCCAAGAAGUUCGAGGCAGAUCACCCGUUCGUGUUUGCCAUCAAGUACAAGGAUUCGAUCGUCUUCAUCGGACACAUCGCCAACUAUGCUUACGUCUAAAAGCAACGGAGCAUCAGUCAUGAUAUUUGAUAGCUAACUAAUUUGUUUAUAAUGGCAAAUAUUUCAGAGCAGAAUAAAGACUAAAUUAAAAGCGCAAA